AUGUCCAAUGGCAGUUCUGUCACCCUGUUCCUCCUCCUGGCAUUCACAGGCACACGGGAGCUGCAGCUCUUGCACUUCUGGCUCUUCCUGGGCAUCUACCUGGCUGCCCUCGUGGGCAACAGCCUCGUCAUGACAGUCAUAGCCUGCAACCACCGCCUCCGCACCCCCAUGUACUUCUUCCUCCUCAACCUCUCCCUCCUUGACCUUGGCACCAUCUCCACCGUUGUCCCCAAAUCCAUGGCCAAUUCCUUUUGGGACAUUAGGGAUAUCUCCUACACAGGAUGUGCUGCACAGGUCUUUUUUUUCUUUUUCUGUGCUGCAGCAGAGUUAUCUCUUCUCACCAUCAUGUCCUAUGACCGCUACGUUGCCAUCUGCAAACCCCUGCACUACGGGACCCUCCUGGGCAGCAGAGCUUGUGUCCACAUGGCAGCAGCUGCCUGGGGCAGUGGGUUUCUCAAUGCUGUGCUGCACACAGUCAAUACAUUUUCUAUACCACUCUGCCAUGGCAAUGCCAUAAAUCAGUUCUUCUGUGAAAUGCCACAGAUCCUCAAGCUUGCCUGCUCAGACUCAGACUACCUUGGGGAAGUUGGCCUUAUUGCGGUUAGUGCCUUUUUUUCUGUUGGGUGUUUUGUUUUCAUCGUGCUGUCCUAUGUGCAGAUCUUCAGGGCCGUGCUGAGAAUCCCCUCUGAGCAGGGACGGCACAAAGCCUUUUCCACGUGUCUCCCUCACCUGGCCGUGGUCUCCCUGUUUUUGAUCACUGCCAUGUUUUCCUACCUGAAGCCCCCCUCCAUCUCCUCCCCAUCCCUGGAUCUGUUGAUGGCAGUUCUGUACUCGGUGGUUCCUCCAGCAGUGAACCCCCUCAUCUACAGCAUGAGGAACCAGGAGCUCAAGCAUGCCGUGUGGAAAUUGGUGACUGGAUGA